CCAAAACUUAAUUGUACCCAAAAUCGAACAAAAAGCCAUUUUCCAUCUUCACACCUUUCCUUUUUGUGUCGCCUUGCUUAUCUUCUUCAAUGAAAUGAGAGAUGGAGGUCGAAGAAAUAGAAGCUGUGCUAGAAAAAAUAUGGGAUUUACACGACAAAUUAAGCGAUGCUAUUCACUCAAUUUCACGCUCUCACUUCCUCAGCUCAAUCAAAUCCCUUAAAACCAACAACAAGAAACUGAACAGCGAAAGCGAUGUCGGGUUUGAAGAGAACAACAACAGUAGGGCUUCUGGGUUUGUUUUUGUUAAGGACUUUGGGGUUGUUGACAAUGACUUGUCGGCUAUUCAAGAGGCUAAGAGUCUUAACUCUAUUCGGACUGCUCUUGAGAAUCUUGAAGAUCAGCUGGAGUUCUUUCAUACUGUACAAAUACAUCAACGGGCUGAGAGAGAUGCUGCAAUUGCUCGAUUAGAACAAAGUAGGAUUAUUCUAGCUGUGAGAUUGGCUGAACACCAUGGUAAGAAGUACAAAGUAAUUGAAGAAGCUCUGGCAUUUGUUGGGGAUGUAAAUGAUGCAAGUCGGUUUGUGUCCCGUGAAAACCUUUAUGGUUCACCUACAAGCCCAUCAGGUGAGAACCUGGUUAGGCAUGAAGGGAAGGGGCCUAACAUGGUGAUCAAAGUUCUGCUUUCUAGUUUUGAAUUCACAAAGAAAUCCCUCAAAUUGGAUCUUAUGGGUGGCAUAUUGGGCAAUGCUGCUUUAUUCACGGUUAGCAUGAUUGCCAUGCUCCAUCUGCAUCAGGUAGCCUACAAGGACCAUCCCAAUAAGCAAGAAGAUCUUCUCUACAGCAAUAGAAAUGGGAAGAAAGUUUCUGGGCUGGAAGGAUCCUCAUCCAAUGGUAGUUUGAACCACUUGGAUGUGCUGUUAGCAAGGGGUUGAAGUAAAAGGCUGAAUUUUUUCUUGCAGUUAGUUAAAUGGUGGAAGCUAUGCCGUUGUUGUGAUUGUAAAAGCUUAGUUGUUUUUGCGGAUUUCUUCCCACGCAAAUCUGGAGAUGUCGAGAAAGGAGCUAGCUCAAUUCUUGUUGAGAUAGAGCUAGUAGUUUCUUUGUUGAUAAUUUUUUUGUUUCGAUUGUGUAUAUCUAACCAAGUUUAUCUUUCAAGUGGGUGAUGCCAUCCAAGUUUUUCUGA